AGGAGCUUGCCAUGGACAAAAGAGAGAUGGAGGUGAGGCUCCAACACCUCGAGGAUGACGUCACUGAGAACAUGCGGGACCUGGAGGUGGAGAGGGUCUCUGCGGAGAGGGCCCGGAACGCCGAGCAGGCGGCGGUGGCAAACCAGAAGGACCUCGAGGGCAAGCUUAGCGCCUUGCAGGCGCUCGAGGCGAGGGAGUACGAGGAGCUAUCGCAGCUGAGGGACACGGUCCAGCAGAAAGCUGAGCUGGAGCUUCGGGUACAACAGCUCUCGGAGGCCGUCAAAGCGAAGCAGCAGGAACUCGAGGUUGAAGACGAGCUUCGAGCAGCGAAGCUUGUUAAUGGACGCCGAGGUGGCCAGCCUGAAGGAGAGGCUGGAGAAGAAGGAUGAGGAGCCAACUACGGCACCGUCCAGGCGCUGCUGGAGUCGAUGACCUGGAAGUUCAACGCCUCCGAGGAGCAGCGACCGAGGGAACAGCCCCCGCUCGCCCUGACAAUGCUCAACAGGGCCAGGCUCGGGAACCGCCUCUUCCAGUGGGCCGCCCUGGUGUCCAUCGCCAAGGACGAGCUGGCGCCAAGGUCGCCGCGCCCUGGAACCCCAAGUACCACGCGGAGUCGACGCCGCAGCUUGCGAAGAUGGGCUCGCUGAUGUGGAAGGAGCAGGAGUACGAGUGGCUGGGCAAGCAGCCGAAGAAGUGCCACAUCUGGGACCGCAUCCCGGUCAAGCUGGACUGGAACAUGGAGAACUUGUCCAACUUCACUUUGGGGGGGAUCACCAAGGGUGAGCUGCAGCUCGAGGCGAACGCCCCCCCGGCCGAGCGCGGGCAGAAUUGGGCGCGCACGUGGGCCGACGCGAUCACCAAGACGAAGACCCCGACCAAGUGCAAGAUUGUCGAGCUCGACGGAUACUGGCAGAGCGCGGAGUAUUUCGUCCAUAAUUUGGACAUGAUUCGGCAGCUCAUGUGGAAUGAGGAUACGGCGGUCCAGGCCCAGGUGGUCCUGGACGGCUGGCUCGAGCGAGAGCCGCCCGUGGGCCAGCUCGUCGGCGUCCACCUGCGCCUCGGCGACUACAUCGGCGCCAGCAGAAACCUGAACAUGUCGUACUACAGGGAGGCCUUCGAAGCCGUCAAGACAGCGCGCAACGACACCCAGCUGACCUGUCUACUCUUCUCGGACGACAUCGUGCUGGCCCAGAAGGUCGGCGAGGAGUUCGAGGCGUGCAACAAGGUCAUCCCGGCAGUGCCCUGCCCAGACCCGUGGAACAACAAGUACCACUGCCAUGGGCGCGAGGUCGGCGAUUGGGUGCAGUUUUACAUGAUGAGCCAGCUGGACAACCUUAUCAUCGCGGACUCUUCCUACUCCUUCUGGUCGGCGGUCCUGUCGCCCAAGAAGCCCCUGGUGGUGGUGCCGAGGAUCACAUGGCCCCUCGGCGUGGCCAGCCGCGGCGAUUACGCGUACUUGAACAACCCCAUGUACGGUUGGGUCAACAUCGACGCCCGCCUGGGAGAUCCCGACAGUAAAGCGGUCAGGAUGGAGCACCUGCACCUCGCGCUCGACCGCAGCGGGGUCCCGCCCAGCGAGUGGGCCGCCUGAGCGAUGCGGGCGGCCACCGGCCCAGCCCCCGUGUUCGGGGGCGGCGCAGGCGCCACCGCGGCUCGUGGCCGGAGCUUGCCCGGCAGCUCUGAGAGGGCCGCCGUGGCCCUCGCGCCUUGCCCGCGCGCUCGGUGCCGUGCACACGGUGCGCGGCAGGGCCCCGCCAGCUCGAGAUGUUAGUUGCUCUCGCUGGCGAUUGUGUAGUGUUCCCGCGCGACUCGUGGGGUGUUGAAAGGGCGAGGGGUUCUUGUCCGCAAGCUUCGGAGCCUCUCUUGCGUGGAGGCUCCAGCCUCUGUGGGUCUGUUGCGUCCGAGCUCCAGCUGUUCCUCCUCCCCGUCCUCUUUCUUCGCUUCCGCUUCCCUCGCGGCCUCUCCAGUCGCUCUCCCCUCUGAACUGGAAUGUUAUGGGGGGCGCUGCAGCAUGUAGUGGCUGGGGGCGCAACAGCAUGCAUGCGGUUGGGGCGCAAAAACAUGCCGUUAUCUUC